AGUCUAUGGCUGUUGUCGGUCGAAAUUGUUGUGAGUCAGCCCGCCCGUUCGUCGGCUUUAACGAUUUCACAGAGAUUUUGCUUUUUACAGUGUUCAAUUCGUUAAUACGAAUAAUGUAAAAUGGCUAUAAACUUGAAUAAAAACAAGGACGCGUUAGUCGCCGCGUGGAAGGACGUAUUAGACGAGAAAACUGAUACUGACUGGGCUCUAUUUGGCUAUGACGGCUUAUCCAGUGACCUAAAGUUUGUAAGCAAAGGAGACGGAGGCCUAAUAGAGCUGAUUGAUGAAUUCAACAGUGGCAAAAUACAAUACGCAUUUCUAAAGUUAGACGUCCCAGACAGCAGUAUAUCUAAAUAUGUGCUUAUCAACUGGCAGGGCGAAGGCGCCCCAACGGUUCGCAAAGGCACCUGCGCGAACCACAUCAAACACGUGGCCUCUUUAUUCACGGGCUUCCACCUAACCAUGCACGCUCGUACAGAAGAUGACCUCGAGGAGAGAUUGAUUUUGGAGAAGUUGGCGAAAGCCGGCUCUAACUUUAAUUUCAAGUCUGGGAGGAAUGAGGAACUGCCCCCUAGCGGGCCCGUGGGAACGGCUUAUCAGAAAGUUAACCCAGUUCAAGAAAUCAAUUCGUCAGAGCGCGACCAGUUCUGGUUGAAGGAAGAACAAGAAGAGAAGAAGAGAGUAGAAGCAGAAAGGAAAAGGAGAGAAGAGGAAAAGAGGAAGGCAGAAGAGGACGCCAGGAGGAAAGAAGAAUUAGCCGCCCAGAGGAGAGCUAAGGUUGAAGAACAGAAAGUGGCGAGUCCAGACCCCACGAGUCCCACCGGCGUGUCCACGAGCGAGGCACUCAGGAGGCAGAGGUCACAGGAGGCGAGGCAACUUAUCGGAACCUCUACGGCCUCUGCCAGGGCCCUGUUCCAACAGAACUUGGCUCAGGGACAACUUACACCCAAAUCGAACAGUAUACCAGAGAAGCCCGUCCGCAGCUCGGUCAUCGCGCAACGCAUCAACACAUUCACACAACCACAACCCACCUCCCUCCCCCCACUCUCGCCCUCAAACCGCUCCCCCCACAAAAUAACCCCCACCGAGCCGCAGGAGCCCAAAACGAGCCCCCUCAAAAACAUAGACAAAAUCAAAAUGAGCCUAGAAAGCCCCUCGCAAAUACAAUACGAACCUAUAAUAGACCCCACAGUCGACUUAAGUCCAAGUACCGAAAACAACCCAACCUCUUUUAGUGCCAUAAACUAUGCAGAACUCAAAGAAAACGAGUACAGACCUAUAGCCGAUUCGCUAAAACAGAGUGAACCUAUGAUCAAACAAAAUAUCUUAGAGAAUGACAUGUUCGACGCAUCGUAUUCGAGUUCGAAUGAAAACGAUGAUGAUGAUAGCGACAAUAAGUUUAGUACUAUAAAGAGAUCGCCGUACAGUAAGAAUAAUAUAGCGGAGGAGAAUGGGAAAGCGGAGCUGAGCAGACAGAAUACUGUUAUAGAGAAUGUUCACUACAAGAAGGAGGCUAAUGGGACUAAUACUAGUGAUGAUGUGUCACCAGAAGGCCUAGAGGAGGAGGGCACGAUAUACGAAGACUUGGACGAUGACCCCGGUCUUACUGCGAGGGCGUUAUAUGACUAUCAAGCAGCGGACGAGUCGGAGAUCACGUUCGACCCGGGCGACAUCAUCACGCACAUCGAGCAGAUCGACGCGGGCUGGUGGCAGGGCGUGGGGCCGCAGGGACUGUUCGGCCUCUUCCCCGCCAACUACGUGGAGCUGUUACCCGCACACCCGCGCUAGUCCACCAUGCGGUCUGUAGCUGUAAUAUCCGCUCCGUGUAUUUCUGUAUAACCUGCGACCCGGGCGACAUCAUUACGCACAUCGAGCAGAUAGACGCGGGCUGGUGGCAGGGCGUGGGGCCGCAGGGGCUGUUCGGCCUCUUCCCCGCCAACUACGUGGAGCUGUAACCCGCACACCCGCGCUAGUCCACCAUGCGGUCUGUAGCUGUAAUAUCCGCUCCGUGUAUUUCUGUAUAACCUGCGACCUGGGCGACAUCAUUACGCACAUCGAGCAGAUCGACGCGGGCUGGUGGCAGGGCGUGGGGCCGCAGGGACUGUUCGGGUUAUUCCCCGCCAACUACGUGGAGGUGUUACCCGCACACCCGCGCUAGUCCACCAAGCGGUCUGUAGCUGUAAUAUCCGCUCCGUGUAUUUCUGUAUAACCUCCGACAUAAUUUCUUAAAUCUUACAUUAGUAAGACGUGGGGCCAUCGGGGCUCUUCGCUAAAUACGUGGAGCUGCUACCCGCACACACGCGCUAGGCCACCAUGCGGUCUGUAGCUGUAAUAUCCGCUCCGUGCUCUUUGCAUCUUUAGAUUUACAUUAGUAGGGCCUGGGGCCGCAGGGGCACUUCGAUCUGUUUCCUAGUGCCCACCAUGACACAGUGCCAGCUCCGCGCCGAGAGUGAAUCCUUAACAAAACGGCACGGUAGAGCGGUUAAGGGGUAUAUGUAUUUAGAAAAAAGUUUACUGUUUACUUUUUUCAAAAAAACUAACAACUUUUGCGUUAGUUAUGUUAUUAGAAAUAACAGAAUCAUGAGGACUAUUGAUUUUGAAAGAAAAAUGUCCGGAAAAUUAUGUCAGUUUUGCGACGCAUUUUCACAUACAUGUUGUAUUGGCCGUCAUAAAACAAACUUAAAUUUUAUACGGAAAACUGAGGUCACUGUUUCUUGUUUAAAAUGAAUAAUAUCAGUAGAAAUAGCCCAUAUAUCUUGAAAAAAGUUAAUGGUACACUUUGCUCUGCUAAACCCCAAGUAUAUCUUCACACUUCUGGCAUGGGAUCCAUUCUGAUUGGGUUGGCAAAGAUAUCCUUAUAAGAGUCGCAUUAGUUUCCCGAACAUCAUUUAAGGAAAUUUCGAAAUUUUUAUCUGAAACUAUAUACUUUUGCGGCGGUAAGUUUAAACAUGAUUGCAAGGCUUUCCCUGAAGUUUUGGCAUGCGUUUUAUCAUAACCUUGCUAAACAAACAAAUCUAAUGAAUUAAUUCGUUUUACAAAAGUCUGUUUGUGUGAGUACUACUAUUUUUAUUAGUCACUGGACAUAGUAUUUCCCUAUUUUUUAAAAUUAACAUCAAGUUUUUUUUACAUUCACUUUUAUUUUUCAUAUUUUCUUGUACCUAUAGCAAUGAUGUAUUGCGAAACAAUAAAAUUUGCAUUCGGUCAAUAACGGAGUAUGAGAGAUAAUUCGGAAAUCGUGUACAGUCAACUCAACUUGUAUGUAUGUAACGCGUAAUAUGUAUAAUAUGUAACGCGUAUUCACUAGAUAUAAGUUCAAAAAUAAAUACUAGGCGACUGUACCAGAGUCUGAUACAUAACUAUAAUCGACUGCUCGAAAUGUGAUCUCUAUUUAAUCUUUAUUGAGAUCUCAAGGUCAAAUAUAAAAUAUACAAGUUAUACCUAAUGUAUGGACAAUUUAAACCUUUGAAUGCCACGUCUAUCGAGUGCGAGACGCGUAACCUUGUCAGAAUGCACGAAGGUUGAUAUUGGGUGGUUAUUCCCACUAGUUACCACCAAGUUCUUACCAGUAGUAACUACUGGGAAUAUUUUCCCCACCUUUUACCACUGGUAACAACUACUGGGAAAAAUAAUUCCCAGUAGUUACCACUAACUCGGUUUGGUGGUAACUACUGGGAAUAAAAAUUCCCAGUAGUUAUAGUUACCCAUAAGUGGGAAUAACCCAUAUUGGGCUGUAGUAGCGCGCGUCAGUUGACUUAUUUAGCGGUCAAAGGGUUAAAAGAAAUUGUAAUGUUGAAUAAUUUAGGUCCAUUUAGAGGUUUUAAGAGCUAGAGUUUUUGUUGCUUUAUUAAGAUACUUUCAGUAACCGGGCCCAGUUUUGUAUGAAAAUUCGCCAUAAUAUUAUAUGUAUAAAAUCGGAUUGAUCUUAUAUUCUUUCAUAUAAUUUCCUUUUUCGGGUAAAAGGUUCCACCUACCUGGGAAGCUACCUUUUAUCCGUUUAUAUGUAUAUGUCUUUUUGAUGAUAAAUGAUGAUUAUGAUUAUGUAACUUCAACAUAAUAAUAGUAUUAUUUGUAUCUCGCGUAUACGCAUUUAUUUGUCACAAGUGAUUAUUUUACUUUAAUAUUUCCUUAUAUUUAAUUACUUAGAUGUUAAGUUUACAUUUUGAUAGCGUCAUUUUGUAUGAAAUUAAUAUUGUAUAUUAAUUAAUAAUUAUAAAUAAGUAGUGUAAAGACCAAUGAAAUAUUUACGUUUUACGUUGUAUUAUCCCGAAUGGGCUUAAAGGUUGUAUAUUGACUUAUUUUGACUGUUUUAGUCUUAUUUUUAGGUUAUAACUGUAUUAAUUUUUAGUGUUCCGUACAAAACUUUGUUUACGGAACACUUAUUAUUUAUUGUAGUAAGAUUUAUAUCAUAUUUAAGAUUGUAUUCGUCUUUAAAUGAAUUAUAUUAUUUGCCACAAACAAAACUAUUUAGUCUGUUGUAAACUUUGUGUCGCUUUCAGCGAAAGAGAUCACUUCGGAGGUUUUGAGUUGUUAAUAUGUUUUAUCUCCUUAUUGACAAGGCGAAAUGGUAGCCUUUGCAGAAAUGCGACACAUUAUAUUAUCUGUCUUGUCACAAUUUUAUUAAAUUCACAAUCAUAGGAUAUACAUUAAAAAUUUAAAAGUAAACCGUUGCGUGUGUCGUGCCAAAUGUAAAGCCCCCUCAAUUCUAUAGUAUUCCACUAAAUAAUUUAUUAAGAAAAAUGAAACAAAAAAAAAACCAGUAAGACUAUAUCCUUCAAAUUAAUUAUUUUCUGAGUCUUAUUUUUAGAACUCUUCUACUUUUCCAUACAAAACGGACACUAUGUAAAAAUAUUUUUUAUCAAUAAAUGAUCGUAUCGUAUGAUAAUAAAACUACAUAAUUAUUAGUGUGCAGAUUAUAUAUUAUAUAUUAAAUUAUAUCAAAAAAGUAGGUACACAUUCUCCAUUAAAUACGAAGGAUAUAAUUUAUUUCUUAAUAUUGCAAUCUAUAAUAUUUGAAAGGUGUAUUCCCAUUUGUGCACAGAUGGAAUAGGCACUUGCUUCAUUCCCACUUGUACCCGCCUCGUGUAUGCGGUCGCGGGGGGCGGGGAAAAAUGGGAAUACACCAUUUGAAAGCACACUCACAUUAAUAUCUUUCUAUAGACACACUUUAAACUAUUUUCGAAAAUUUGAAAGUAGACCUCCACGUUCAGAACGCAAUUGAAUAAAAUAUAUAUAGCUACGAGUAUAAACAAUAUUAGUACAUGAAGUACAUGACGAUACAAGUGCGAAAAAUAUGGAAUACGAAACGAGUCGCGAUAAAUUAAAACACGAUCGAAGGGAGUAUUUUAAAUCGACACGAGUUGCAAAUUAUCUAUUCGCAUAUGUAUCGUACAAAGUUUUACAGUACAUAUGGCCCUUUUAGUUUUUGACGUAGUUACGUAAUGUGCUUAUUAUAGCACAGGGUGUCGUAAUCGAGUACCAGAUGUACUGUAAAACUAAUUACGAUUUAAUUGCCUUGAUAUUGGAUACACAAUAAAUGACUGUUAUUUAGUACACCAUUAAGCGAUCACUAUUUACUCUUACCCCAAUCAAUGAGGAGUAUUUUUGGCGAUAUACUUAAGCUACCUCCUUUCUGGAUAUGCGAUGGUGCGAAUUGUCAAAGAUGUUUUUGAAAUAUACGUACGUGACUGGCGCGACGUGACGUUACCAAUAAAUUCAUUCAUAAUUUCCUUAUGCAAGUUCACAGCUCACUGUACAUUAAAACUUCACGCCAAAGCAAGUGUUGGCAUCUACCGUUCUCGUACGUUUUCUUGUGUAUAAUAGGUUCUGCCAUCUUGUGGGCUACAUUGGAAGUAUAAACUUUACAUUUACGCCUCGCGCUUAAAAUCUGACGUCUCCUGUGCUGCCCCCUACAGUUUA